CUCAAGCUCCCAAUCACAUGGAAGAUCCACCCCGUGUUUCACGCAAGUUUCCUAACCCUUUACCACGAGAACAACACACACGGCCCCAAUUACACGAGGCCACCUCCUGAUGUGAUCGACGAGCAAGAUGAAUACGAAGUCGAGGCGAUC